AUUUUGGAGAAACAUGGCAGACUUGCUCUUUGGUGGGACCGACGAGGAGAAUGAAGAGUUGAAGAAGCUCUAUGCUGAAGUGCUCGAGGAUACCGACAGCUUUGAGGCAUGGGAGAAACUGGUGCGCGCAGCUGAGGGCCAAGAAGGCGGAAUCAAUCGUAAUUCAAGCCCCCAGGCUAUCACAGCUACAAGAACCGUAUACGAUCGGUUCCUUGCGAAAUUCCCUCUUUUAUUUGGGUACUGGAAGAAAUAUGCGGACCUAGAAUUCUCUAUUGCUGGCACCGAGGCCGCCGAGAUGGUGUACGAGCGCGGAGUUGCUAGCAUUACAAACUCGGUUGACCUUUGGACAAACUACUGUACUUUCAAGGUCGAAACCUCGCACGACACCGAUAUUAUUCGAGAGCUCUUUGAGAGAGGCGUCAGUUGCGUUGGUCUUGAUUUCUUGUCACAUCUAUUCUGGGACAAGUAUCUCGAGUUCGAGGAGCGCGUUGAAUGUCCUGACAAGAUAUUUGCAGUGCUUGGCAAAAUUAUCCAGAUACCAAUGCACCAGUAUGCGAGGUAUUUCGAACGGUACCGACAGCUCGCUCAAACUAGACCUUUGAACGAGCUGCUUCCUCCCGAAACCCUAGCUCAAUUUCGAGCUGAGAUAGAAAAUGCGGCGGGUAAUGUACCUCCUGGUUCGAGGAGUGAGGCUGAAAUCGAAAGAGACAUCCGACUAAGAGCCGAUGGCCAUUUCCUCGAGAUAUUUUCACGCACUCAGACGGAAACGACAAAACGUUGGACUUACGAGUCAGAAAUUAAACGGCCUUACUUUCACGUUACUGAACUAGAUGAAGGUCAGUUAUCCAACUGGAGAAGAUACUUAGAUUUUGAGGAGGCAGAGGGUUCUUUCGCCCGCGCGCAGUUUCUGUACGAGAGAUGUCUUGUGACAUGUGCGCACUACGAUGAAUUCUGGAUGCGUUACGCGGCAUGGAUGUCUGGCCAAGAAGGAAAGGAAGAAGAAGUUAGAAUCAUCUAUCAAAAGGCCAGUUCCCUAUACGUCCCCAUAUCUCGCCCAGCUAUCCGACUCCACUAUGCCUACUUUGAAGAAAUGGCUUCAAGAGUUGAUAUUGCUAAGGAUAUUCACAAUGCUGUCCUCCUUGCUAUGCCGGGGCACAUUGAAACCAUAAUAUCAUUUGCGAACUUGUCACGUCGCCACGGUGGCUUAGAUGCAGCCAUCGAGAUUUACAAAACCCAACUAGAUUCAGCAGAGUGUGAUAUUCAGACAAAAGCAGCACUUGUGGCUGAAUGGGCCAAGCUCCUUUGGAGGGUCAAAGGUACCGCUGAUGAAGCUCGACAGGUGUUCCGCAAGAAUCAACACUGGUAUCCUGAUAGCCGUCCUUUCUGGACAAGCUAUCUUAUGUUUGAGCUAGAACAGCCAACUAGCGCCGAAACUGAGCCCGCACAAUACGAACGUAUCAAGCAGGUUAUCGAUGAUAUUCGCAACAAAAGCUCAUUGCCUGCCGAGGCAGCUAAGGAGCUUCUUCAGCUUUACAUGACUUACUUGCUGGAGCGUGGGUCCAUUGAAGCUGCCAAAGAGUACAUCACCCUUAACCGUGAAGUGAAUGGCCCGCCAUCAGUCCAAUCAAUUAUGAAGUCAUCACUUUCAAAGGAGACACAAGACAAGCUUGUGAUUGGCCAACAAAGUCCUAAUUCUAUGUUCAGACCUGAUAUUUCUGUCCCAAAUCCAACUGUCUAAUUUCCACUCGCUAUUUGGUGACGUACGCAAUAUUAGUCGGCCUUUGUAAUCUACAGUGGGCGUCUUAGUCGGUUGGGCGGUUUACAUCUUUUCUUUUCUUUCUCUUC